AGCUUCAACAAAGGAGUAAGAAAUGCAUCUCAAAGGACAGUUGGCGGUUAAACGAGGAGAUGGUGAACCUCUUGAAGAGUUCAUCAGAAAAUUCAAAAGAACUUGUGAUAACUUGGCUGCCAUUCGAAAGCCUCUAGAAGACUUAGACAAGGUGUUUCAACUUUCCAGGGUUGUUGGAACACGACUUCAACCUUAUAAUCUUGCUGUUCUAUCAAAAGCCCCAUAUCCUACUUUUACUCAAUACAUUGCAAGUUUGCAAAAUAAUGAAAGAGACUUGCAAAGUGCAGAACAAGAAAACAAGGACAAAAUUCUAGUUUAUGCUCAAGCCUUUGUUGCACAUAGGGGGAGAGGACAUCAACGUGGCAGAGGCUAUGGUGGUGGCAGAAACUUCAAUUCUAGAGGCAGAGGCUUUGUUCAAGCUGGGAAUUACCAUAAUUAUUGGACGAGCAAUAACAACAACAACAAAAGCCCUAUGGUUAACAAUAAUCCUCCACCACAGCAACCCAUGUCACAUAAAUCUCAAGAGAAGAAUGUAAGACAACAAGAGUUGCCUCAAGCACUUGCAACUUUGAGCCUACUAGAAGACAAAAAUCAAAAUAUCUAUGUUGACAGUGGGGCUAGUGACCAUAUGAUCUCAGAUUCAGGACCAAGUAACGCAAGCGAUUUUGGCAAGAGGAACUAGGGAGGGUCAAUUGUACGCACUGGCUGAAGGAGAAAAGCUUGCUUUAUCUGCUAUUUCAGAUAAAGCUACUGAGUCCAUUUGGCACCAAAGGCUGGGACAUCCAAAUUCUAGCAUUCUAAAAACUCUAGUUUCAAAGAAUAAUAUUUCUGUGUCUAAUUGGACUAAGCACCCUCUUUUGUGCACCAGUUGUCAAAUGGGGAAGAGUUGUAAGCUUCCUUUUUCUAGAAAUAAUGAAAGAACAGAUUUUCC